AUGCAGCCAGGAACAGACGAAGAGGCCACAGGGGGAGGGGGAGGGGGAGGGGGAGCAGGGGGGUUGGGGGGGUCGGGGAAUGCGGGGGCAGCGGCAGCGGCGGCGGCGUUCUUCCCCAGGGGCAUGCGCGUGCUGGUGGUGGACGACGACCCGCUGUGCCUCAUGAUCCUCGAGCGCAUGCUGCGCCGCUGCAACUACCAAGCCCCCUUCUUUCCCCCGCCUUCCCCCCCGCUCCCCCCUCCUCUUCCCCCUUCCCGACCCCAUUCCGGCAUCCUUACCCACUCCUGGGGCAUCCAUUUGCCCCCUCUCUCUCCACCUCAGCACCUCCCACCGCCCCUCCCUAUGAAGCAGUCCAUCCACCCAUGUUGCCACCUCGUUGACAGAAGGUCCCUCCUCUUCUCCCUCUCCCUCUCUGGCCCCCCUCUCCCGCUGCACCCACACCCACCGUGCACCUUACCCAUGCCCUGCCCUCACUCCAUCCUCAUUCUGCCCACACUCUCCCCACACUCUCCCCCCCCUCACUCACUCCGCCCCCCAGUGACAACAUGCAACAAGGCGACGACAGCAUUAGCGCUGCUGAGGGAGGGUCGGGAGGCGUACGACCUGGUGAUCAGCGACGUGUACAUGCCCGACAUGGACGGCUUCAAGCUGCUCGAACGCAUCGGCCUUGAGAUGGACCUCCCUGUCAUCAUGAUGAGUGCGAACGGGGAGACGAGUGUGGUGAUGAAGGGCAUAACGCACGGGGCAGUGGACUACCUCUUAAAGCCCGUGCGCAUCGAGGAGCUGCGCAACAUCUGGCAGCACGUCGGCGAGGAGCACUCAGGCAGUGUGGAGGAGGAGGAGCUGAGGCGCAUGCGGGACGGCACACACGACCCUGCCAGCAGCAGCAGGGGCGGGGGAGGGCUUGGGGAGUGGGAGUCUACACACCCAGACGCAGAAACAGGGGCAGGGGGAGGUGCAGGAGGGGGAGGAGGAGGAGCAGGGCAGGGGGCGUCAGUCCCUCGGUCGCCUUCUAGGAAUGAAGGCGCGCGGUUGGGGAAGAGAAGCGUCGAGGAUGCUUUUGGGGAGGAACGGGGGGAGUAUGGUGGAGGAAGAGGAGAGAGGGGGGGGUUGGGAGGUGGGGAAGGAAUGAAAGGUGGCGAGGAGAAUGCAGCAGGGGAAGCAGACUUUCGUGCCGCUGCAAAUGCCACUGCUGCUGCCGCUGCCGCUGCUGCUGCUGCUGCUGGGCUUGGGCUUGUUGAGGGGGAAGGUGGUGGGGACGGUGGUGGAGGCGGCAUGUUGAGUGCGGGAAUGGGGUAUAUGGGUCGGUUGCCGUAUGUGGUGGAGGAGGGAGAGAGCGACAUGGUGGGGGGGUUGAAGAAGGCGCGGAUUAUCUGGAGUGUGGAGCUGCACCAGCAGUUUGUCAAGGCCGUUCACCACCUCGGCGUUGACAAGGCGGUGCCAAAGAAGAUACUGGAGAUGAUGGGAGUGCCGGGCCUCACACGGGAGAAUGUUGCUAGCCACCUGCAGAAAUUCCGCCUUUAUCUGAAGCGCCUGAGUGGCAUGGCGGAAUCUGGGAUUUCCGCUGCUCCUUCUGCUGCUCUCUCCUCCACCCCAGCUCCCAUCUCCUCCGCCCCUCCUACCGCUGCUGCCGCUGUUGGCAGCGGCAGCAGCGGCGGGGCUCCGGGCACACCAGUUCUAAAAACUUAUUCAAGCCCCGCUGCAUCUUUCCUUGCUCAACCAAUAAACCGCCUCGCAAUCCAGUCCGUUGAUCAACCUCCUGUGCAUGCCCUCUGCUCGUCUGCCUGCUCCUCCUCCCCUGUGUACGGCAUGGCAUGGCAGCACCUCACCUCUGUCGCCACUGCUGCCGGUGUGGAGCCGACCACUCUACUCCGCUUCUUGCAGCUACAGGCAAGUGUGCUGAGCACACACGCUUCGUGCUAG